AAGUACAUUGUAAAUAGCUAUUUGCUCUCUCUACAGGACAAACCUUCAUAUACAGAGUGUUUUUGACUUGGAACCUUCCCUUUUUUACUCCACUCAAUUGACUUAGCAGGGUUUCAAGAGCAGCGUUCAUAAAUUUGCAGCAUGGAGAUCUCCUCUCACCAGUCCCACCUCCUGCAACAACUGAACGAGCAGCGCAGGCAAGAUGUCUUUUGUGAUUGCAGCAUUCUGGUUGAAGGGAAGGUCUUCAAAGCGCAUCGAAAUGUAUUAUUUGCUAGCAGUGGCUAUUUCAAAAUGCUUCUUUCUCAGAAUUCAAAGGAGACCAGUCAACCCACUACAGCUACAUUUCAGGCUUUCUCCCCCGACACUUUUACGGUUAUCCUGGACUUCGUCUAUUCCGGCAAACUCUCUCUUACUGGUCAGAAUGUCAUAGAAGUGAUGUCAGCUGCUAGCUUCCUUCAGAUGACUGAUGUCAUUAGUGUAUGUAAGACCUUUAUUAAAUCUUCACUAGACAUUAGCGAGAAAGAAAAAGAUCGCUAUUUCAGUCUCUCCGAUAAAGAUGCUAAUUCUAACGGUAUAGAACGUUCCUCCUUUUAUAGUGGUAGCUGGCAAGAAGAAAGCGGUUCUCCACAUUCUCACCUAAGCCCAGAUCAAGGAACGGGUAUAAUAAGUGGGAAAUCUUGGAGCAAGUAUAAUUACCAUCCAGCCUCCCAAAGGAACACCCAACAACCUUUGGCCAAGCACGAACAAAGGAAAGAUUCCAUUAAAAAGUCCAAACAUUGGAGGUUGUCACAGCCUUCUGAAGUUGCUCAUUAUAAGUCUAGCAAACGAGAAGCUCGGACAUCGGAUUCUUCCGGCCACAUUUCCCAGUCGGAAGAACAAGCACAAGUUGAUGCUGACAUGGACUCUACUCCUGUUGGCUAUCCGUAUGGUCCAGGAUCUGAUGUCACAUCCAGAAGCUUUCCAGAUGAUCUGCCCAGGAUGCGGUUCAAGUGCCCGUACUGCACACACGUGGUGAAGCGGAAAGCAGACCUCAAGCGCCACCUUCGCUGCCAUACGGGAGAAAGGCCCUAUCCGUGUCAAGCUUGUGGGAAAAGAUUUAGCAGGCUGGACCAUCUAAGUAGCCAUUUCCGAACAAUUCACCAGGCAUGCAAACUAAUCUGCAGAAAAUGCAAACGCCACGUGACUGAUCUAACAGGGCAAGUGGUCCAGGAAGGAACCAGGCGCUACAGACUCUGUAACGAGUGCCUUGCUGAAGUUGGCAUAGACAGCCUCCCCAUUGAUUUGGAAGCUGAACAGCAUCUUAUGUCCCCAUCAGAUGGAGAUAAGGAUUCCAGAUGGCACUUGAGUGAAGAUGAGAAUAGAUCAUACGUGGAGAUUGUAGAGGAUGGGUCUGCUGAUCUGGUCAUACAACAGGUUGAUGAUAGUGAAGAAGAAGAAGAAAAGGAAAUAAAACCCAACAUUAGGUAGCUGACGUGUGACCCCACAGAGCUGUGGCGUGUAUGCAACUUACAUUGACUUCCUGUAUCUCUCUCUUUCCAUGGUCAGAGUCUGGUUAACAAAUUUAUCAGACUGACUUAAAAGUAAUGACCUAAUAUAACUUGCAUGCUUUCCAAACAGGUCAUUGUAUCCAUUCUGAACUUUGUUGCCCUAAAAUAUGUUGCUGCACCGGAAAGGAAGACCUAGCUUGAGUUGGCAUGAUGGAUGAACAAUUAAUCCUCUUUUUUUUUUCCCCCUUUUAAUACUGGAAGAUCUACUUAGCAAACUUUUCUCAAAGAAAAUAUUUUAAAUAAAUUUACCACAACCAAACCUUAUGUAAGAGAAUUUCAAGGUGUUGCAAAAACACAACCUAUGAAUACUGAAUUUUCACAGGGAACCAGGUAAGAGCACAUUUAAGGGACUGGCACCCAAUCUGACUGAACUGAUAAGUCUUUCUAUUAAUUUCAGAUCUAAAGCAACCUAUCAUUAUCCCAAUACGCUACAUAUUGUUUUAGGAUCAUGGCAGAAGACAAAUCAAAAAUGUUUGAAACGAUUCAUAUUUGAAUGUUUUGUCAUGAAGUUAAAAAUUACUCUUACGUAGUCCGUGUUGUUUUAAAAAAACAAAAACCUCAAGUAGAGGCAGACCAGAGAUUACAUACAGACCUCAUUUUCUAAAGCAGGAACUAAUACUGCCUAAAAGUCAAGGUAGUUUGUGAAGAUCUGACAAUGUAAUCCUCUUCCUCUCUACAGGAGAAAAAAACAACAAAAAACGAUACACAAGAAAAUUGGAGGUUACCAGUUCUUAAGAAUGAUUUCUAACAUUUAUUUUUCUGCUCUAUUGUUUUUAAAGUGCUGUCUCACACAUUUUCUCACUUAAUCAGCAAGGUAAAUAUUAAUUGCCUCUGAUUUGCAAAUGAUGAAAUUAAGGUCAGAAAGUUUAAGCUUUGGGACUUGUGACAAGACAGGUUUUGAUUUUACACAGCCCUCUUCCAACUGUCUCUCCCUGUAUUGUCUCUGGAAAUGGCAAAGAAUUAAAGUCAAACCUCACCAAUCUGCAGUAAUUAGAAAAAGAAGCCUAUCAGAAAGCAUGAAAGAAUUUAAUAAUCUCUAACAACAUAUAAUAACUUGAACUAGAGUUAUCCAAGAGUGCUCAGUAAUGUCCCUACAGUGUCUUUUGACAUGUUUUUAAUGUCAGGUUAUUUAUAUGUAAAUUUUAUAUAUAACACUAUUUGAACCAAUUCUUCUCUUAAAUGCUUUAAGCAUUUUUACUUAUCUUGUUUAUGUAAUUUUUCAAAACAAACUUUUCCCCAAGGAAACAAAGGUGAGUUUAAACUCCCCCCCUGUAUGAAUUAGGGAACAUUCUAAACGUACAGUUAAAUUGGAGAAACAUUAUUUUAGUUCUGAAGAUAAAAUCUAAAUGCCAAAAAAACCUGACCUUACUAAAGGUCACUGCAAGUUAUUACAAUUAAGCUUGAUCUGAUUUAAUUUUGAUAGAGAGAGGCUCUCUAUCAAAUUAUACUGUAUUUCUAAGUGUCAUAACAUAUGUCAAUAUGAUCCUUUUCAUUUUAUUCUUUCUCUCAUUCUUUCAUUAGUGAUUGUCCUUUGAUACAAGUUGAGGGCUAAAAUGGUUAAUUUCUAAAACAUUUUUUAUAAAUAGAUGACUAACCAUUUGUUUUUGUUUUAUGGUACUUAAUGCUGAGACUUUUUUCAAGAUUCCCCUGACGGUAAAUUUCCAUUCGCUUCAAGACUGGAUGGUAUGCACUGAGUUCAUUGUGCUCCCAACAUGACUGUUCCUGAAUCAGGAGUCUUAACAAUGAAGUUGUAUCCAAAUGAGGGAGGGAACACUUGUCAUCCUCUAGUCUCACCAGAUGGUAGCAUCUUUUAAAAUUAUUAUCUGAUUUUUUAGUCCUUGGAGCCAAGAGGAAAAAUGAGUGAUGGGAGCUUUAUUCAUGAGGAUGAUUAGUGCUUGCAUGUGUAUGCUCUAAUGCACUUUAGUCUGUGAUCUAAAUGUUCUUUUAUGCUGUUCUCUUCUGCAUGCGAACAUCAGCAUGAAUGUCAGCAAAGUCCACUGGACACGGUGCCACCAGCACCUUAUCUGAAAUAAUGCUUUCUCAUUGUUUAUAACAAGCAACAAGCUAUCCCCACAAAACAGCCAUCAGACUCAUCAAACUAGACAGCUCAUCUAUCCUACCAUUUUAGUAUCCUAAAAGAAAAACAUUUGUGACAUAUUUGUAAGUUGUAAAUAGUAACUCCAGUUAUCAUAUCAUAUGUAUCGAAGACUUUAAAGACCAGUUCUUUCCCAGAGUGAGACUGUCCAGUAAUGGUUUCUGAGAAAACAAAAGUCUUUGGCUUUUAAAUGUGGGGAAAUGUUACAUAGGGGUGUAAUCUCUUAAUGUAAGCUUAAUUUAUGCCAAGGGUUUUUUUCUUUUUUUUUUCAUAUUAGCAAAAUAGCGGGAGUUGGUUAGAACAAAGUUUGCUCUUACAGUAAUGCUGUUUAUCAGCUGGUGAAUGCCUUUCUAACUGUGUGGUCCUCAAGAGUGUGUGGCGAUGGGAAGAAGUGUUGCAAAAUAAAGCAAUACUGCAGUCGUGCCUAGUGGCUGGAGGAGGCAACAUGGACUAGAUCGGUGGUUUAAAAGAUUUUUUUUUUUUAACCCAAGAAACCCUUUCUUCAAAUGAAUUGUUGCAGAGAGAAGCCCACCAUUUAAGGUGGGCAAAACCCUAAAAUCAGAGCUGCUCUUGCUAAAGCCCUCUGUGAGCCUUUCACCAGACACCUCUGCAGAGCUCAGCAGUGCGGUACUGAAAACCUUGGAACCAGGGAACUCUUUGAAUUCCCUUUGAGCAUUGCGGUCUUACUUCAUUACCUCUGUUACUCACCGUGCUGAUAAACUGGUAAUCAGAGGGUCUCCUAGAGCAGCAGCUCACAGCCUUCAUCUGUACAAUAUUCCUUCUAUAGUUAGCAUGUCUUUUGAAGAACAAAUUUUUCAACACUGUAUUUUUGACUAAUGAAAUCAAAACAAGCACUGUUACUGCUUUUAUGCCACCAAGUCAUUGCUUAAUGGAUGAAGAAAGUUUGGUGUGUCAGUUACUUAAGAGCUCAGACUGAAUUCAUUAAAGUUAUUUUGCUAAGUCAUGCUAAGAUAUAUCGAAACUUCCACUCAUAUUGGAUAUAUAUAUAUAUAUAUAUAUAUCCUAUAUAUACAUAUAUAUCCUAUAUAUACAUAUAUAUCCUAAAUUAAUUAAUACUAUGGAAAUUUAAUACUGUGGAAAAUCACUAAAAGUGACAUAGUGUAAGAUUAUUUAACUGGGAAGGCUGAUAAUAAUAGGUACUGGAGGACCAAACUUUAGAUUAUACAUGGAAAGUUCUAUGUUAUUUUAUAUUAGAGUGGAUCAGUAUUACUAUUUAUCAUUUAUAUAGCAUUUUAUAUUUACAAAGUAUUUAAUAAUUUUUAUGUUAUUCUCUACAUAUCUAUGAAAUAGGACAGUUCUCUCACAUGAAAGGUAAAGAAAUUGAGGCACAGAACAGUAAAGCAACCUCCCUAAGACAACCCAGUGAAACAGUGGCAAAAAUAGGAACUAGAAUGAUCAGAUUUUCUGAAUCCUAGAAUAUCAGCUUAAUUCACUGAGGUGUGUUGUGUAUUACUCGAUUUUAUAAGAUGCCUUUUACAAAUAAUAGUCAAUUGUCUUAAAGUUGACGUCAUUGUAUGUGGAUAAAUCCUAUACAGAAUAAAUAUUAUGUAAAGGAUGUGACUUUAGUUAUAAGAGUUUUAAUGAUAAAAUUCAGGUUAUCACAGAAACAGCACUGUUUAGCCAGUGGCUUUAUAUAUUGUGAAGUAUAAUUAACAUUUUAUUUUGAUAUAGGAGUUUCUUAACUAUUCAUGCUAAUGGAGCCAUGAAUAGACCAGAAAAGUGAAAUCCACAGAGGAUCUAUACACUUCGUCUUCUAACAUGUUAGUCUUUUCCCUACGGAAUUUGUAUUGAUGCCAACAAAAAGUCAAAUAUGUUAAUAAGUGAUAAACCACACACAAGAGAAGCCAAGGGCCUCUUAACUUUUUGAGGCUUUUCAAUACUGAAAUAGGAUAAACACUUUUCUCCAUCUCUUUAUUUUUUUUCACAUCCGUUUCAAAAGCCAUUGGAUACUUACCACCUUGAGAUUGGAAACCAGUGACCAGGGUAAUGCCAGUCAUCUCUUUUUACCUUUAGACUUGAUUAGAUAGAUCAUUUACAAACAUUGUUAAAUGGAAUACAGCUUAUAAAGUAUAUCUAGGAAUUUAUUAUACUCUGCUUUGCUCUUUCAGAUUUCUAGAUAUACAAAUCCAUUAUAUAGUUGCUUGAUUUUCCCAUUGGGAAAAUCUUUUAAUCCCUUGUUGAUAUUAUUUACAACCACUUAAAUUUCUUCAUUAAAGAGUAACUUUAUAUUUACAUUUACAUUUAUAUUUAUUCAACCCUUAAGGGGAGAAAGGGGAACAUUUCUGCCUAGACCAUGGUUCUCAGCCUUCGCUGCAUAUUAGAAUCACUUGUGGAGCUUUUAUUUAUUUAUUUUUUUAAGUUUAUUUAUUUUUGAGACAGAGAGUAUGAGCCGGGAGGGGCAGAGAGAGAGUGGGGGAUGCAAAAUCUGAAGCAGGCUCCGGGCUGUCAGCACAAAGCCCAACACGGGGCUUGAACUCACGAGCAGUGAGAUCAUGACCUGAGCUGAAGUCGGA